AUGUCGAGCGAGCGGUACACCUGGAACCGGAACUUCCCCAAUGGCGACCGCUACAACGGCGAGGCGAUCGAGGGGAACAUCAAGGAUGGGAAGGGUGAGUAUUUUUGGGCCGCGAGCGGGGCCACGUACGUGGGGAUGUGGUCCCAAGAUAAGCCGCAUGGAAAGGGCACCUACACCGUCCCAGGUGAGGCGGGGUAUACCUACGAGGGGGACUUCGUGAGGGGGGAACGCAGCGGGAAGGGAGUCUGCAUAUUCCUGAACGGUAGGCGGUAUGAAGGGGAAUGGCUGGGAGACAAAAUGCAUGGUCAAGGGAAGCUCUUUGGGGCAGAAGGCGUCGAUGACUUUGUGGAGUACACGGGACCUUUUGUGAACGGGGAGCGAAGUGGGGUGAAUGGCGAGUGCAGGUAUGUGAAUGGAAACGUUUAUAGAGGAGCUUGGCUUCAUGACAAGCUACAUGGUCAUGGGGACUUGCAGCUGGAUAGGACAUCUAGCACGCCUGGGUAUACUCCACGAAUGGGUGAUCCUCAUAUAGUCGCCUACAAGGGCGAGUUUCAGGAUGACGCACCUAAGGGGAUGGGAGAGUUCCUCUACUCGGAUGGUAGCAGCUACCGCGGCGAGUGUGCUGGGUUCUCCCGCCACGGUAAGGGUGAGCACCGUACAGUGAAGGGUGAUUCAUACAAAGGCUCCUUUCAAUUGGAUCGUCGCUGUGGCAAGGGAGUGUUGCACAGCAAAGCUGGUGUAUAUGAUGGAGAAUGGCAGGACGACCUGCUUGAAGGUCAUCUAUCUUUCAGAGGUGAUGCCGCUGUCUCGGCGGGGGUAGGCCUCGUAUUUUACGAGGGCCCUUGCGUAAGAGGUGAAAUGACAGGGAAUGACGUGGUUGCGAAAUACCGCGACGGAAGCUCCUACACGGGCGCGAUGGUCGCAGGGAAACCCAAUGGGACGGGCGUUUUGGACAAGAAGCGAAUGACAAUCCCUGGCAUUGGCGAGGUACUGCUGCGGUACGAAGGGGAGUUUAUGGGUGGUGUGCCCAAAGGUUCUGGUCGCGGCGUCUUCACUCUCGUGACGCCCGAUCCACGGCCGGCGCCACCACCACCGCUUUCGGUGGAGGUUCGGGGCUUCAUUCCGCGGCUCGACCUCUCUGGGCAGUACACAGGGGCGUGGGUCAGCGGGCUGCCCAACGGAGACGGAGAGUGGGAGUGGGAGCACGGACAGAGCUACCGAGGCGCUUUGAAGGCCGGUGCACCGCACGGUUCCGGAGUUUUCAAAUCGGAGGACGCGGACUAUGAGGGCUCCUUUCUCCUCGGCCUUCCCGACGGUCAGGGCAAGAUCUGCUGGAAGGGCUUCAGCGGAAGCGAGGAGAGGUAUGAGGGCGCAUGGAAGGAAGGCCACUUGGAUGGGGAAGGCACGUUGAUCCAGAAUGACGGCUCCAAGUAUUCCGGUGGGUGGAAGAAAGGAGUCAAGGAAGGACACGGCGUUGAUUCCGUCGUGGGGAACUACUCCUACAGCGGGGAGUUCAAGAGUGGGAAGCGCAACGGCCAGGGAAAAAUUCGCUUGGAGCGCGAGGGUUAUACGUACGAGGGUGAGUUUGUCAUGGAUGAACUCACCGGGGAUGGCAAAAUGACAUUAGACGACGGUACCGUCAUGCUGGGUGGAUUUCUCAAUGGGAAACCCAAUGGGACGGUAGAAAUUAGGCUCCCCACGCUGGGCGUGUUUCGGGGUGAGUUCAAAAACGGCAAGGUCGUCGGCACAGGCACCCUGCUGUACCCAAACGGAGACAAGUAUGAGGGGGAAUUCAUCGACAGUGGAAAGCCGCUGCCGCUGCGCCAUGGAAAAGGCGUGUACACCUUCAUUGAGGGGAACGUGCUUGAGUGUACGUGGAAGCGGAACGUCCUGCACGGGGAUGGUGUCUAUACCACGGCGACAGGGGAUCGGUCGACGCGCUCUUACAUAGACGGUGUGCUUAGAGCUCCGUCGUCCACGAACGUCGAUGUCUUUACCCCCGAAAACGAGUUCCCCAACACGCUAUCGGAGGAGGCCUUGCGGGAACGGCAGCAGCAGCAACAGGAGAACAAGCGACACCUCGUGUCUAUUCGUCGCUCGCUGCCUAGGCGAACCUCCCAAGAGAAGGUGAUUCAGCGCAACAUCUCACAGGCAAUGCACUCAAUUGGCAAGAAAAACAGCCCCGGGGUGUCGCCGAAGGCGAGCGACGCAACCCCCUCCGUGGCCGUGCCACCGAGUCGGUCGUCCCCGCAUCCCUUCCCGAGGAAAUCGCCCUCAAUCUCGUUGGAUUCUGGCGGGCUGAAGGGCGAAAACCCUGCGAGGUCCGCCGCCGCCGCCGCCGCCGGCACCAGAGUGCGCGGCAAAGAAGGGGGCAGCGGCACUGGGGAUGCGUCAACGCAGCUCAUCUCACGGUUUCAGGACGGCAUCAGCGAACUGCUACGCUGCCCCCGGGACACGGAAGAGAAGAAGGCGCAAAUCAACACCACCGUGCUUUCAUCUGAGGGAAACAAGGAGCUGAUGCAGAAGGCCUCUGAGAUUCGUGACUCCCGCGAGGAUGAGAUUCAUCAACUGACGGAGCAGCUGCGGCAGCUCAACGAGCGGAUUUGGCAGCUAAGUUUCAUGCUGCAGUCGCCGGUGACUGUGGGAAACGAGGAGGCGACAUCAACGGAGGUGAGCAGACUUGAUCAUUUGCAUUCCCUUAAGCUGGAGAGAAGAAGCAUCGUCGAGAAGUUGAGCGACCUCGUGCGCUGA